AUGGCGUCUUCCUCCGACGACACCAUCUACUACGGCCGUUCCGUCAACAAGGUGUUCAACCAGGACUUCAUCAUCGACAAGCGGUUCAAGAUCGUCAAGCAGUUGGGCCACGGCGCCUACGGCAUCGUGUGCUCCGCCAAGUACGACGACGGCUCGUCGUCUCCCACCCCCGACACCAACCAGUGCAAUUCGUCCACGCUGGACGGCUCAUACGUGGCCAUCAAGAAGAUCACCAACAUCUUCUCCAAGAAAAUCUUGUGCAAGCGCUCGCUCCGCGAGUUGAAGUUGUUGCAAUUCUUCCGCGGGCACAAGAACAUCACCUGCCUCUACGACUUGGACAUCAUCCCCAACCCGAUGACGGGCAAGUUCAACGAGAUCUACUUGUACGAAGAGUUGAUGGAGUGCGACAUGCACCAGAUCAUCCGUCUGGGCCAGUCGUUGACAGACUCGCACUACCAAUCGUUCAUCUACCAGGUGUUGUGUGGGUUGAAGUACAUCCACUCGGCAGACGUGUUGCACCGCGACUUGAAGCCAGGCAACUUGUUGGUCAACGCGGACUGUGAGCUCAAGAUCUGUGACUUUGGCUUGGCCAGGGGCUUCUCGGAGAACCCCGAGCAGAACGCAGGCUUUAUGACGGAAUACGUGGCCACCCGGUGGUACAGAGCCCCGGAGAUCAUGUUGAGCUUCACCAACUACACCAAGGCCAUCGACAUCUGGUCGGUGGGGUGCAUCUUGGCCGAGUUGUUGGGAGGAAAGCCGCUUUUCCGCGGAAAGGACUACGUGGACCAGUUGAACCAGAUCUUGUUGAUCUUGGGAACCCCCAAAAAUUCGACCUUGACCAAGAUCGGCUCCGUCAGAGCCCAGAACUACGUCAGGUCCCUCCCCUACAUGGUCAAGGUGUCCUACGAAGAGUUGCUCCCCGGUUCCAACCCGUUGGCAUUGGACUUGCUUGAGAAAAUGCUCACGUUGGACCCCUACGAGAGAAUCACGGUGGAGGAAGCCUUGAACCACCCCUACCUCUCGAUAUGGCACGAUCCCCAGGACGAGCCCGAGUGCCAGGUCAAGUUCGACUUCAAGGCCUUCGAAACCGUUGACGACAUGGACACCAUGAAACAAAUGAUAAUAGACGAGGUCAAGACCUUUAGAGAAUUCGUUAGAAAACCCAUCCACGAACAGCAACAGAUCCAGCUCCAGUUGCAAUUCCAGCAACGACAAAAGGAAGAGGAAGAACAGAAGAAGCAGCAGUACUUCGACCACCACCAAUCCGCACCCGAGGACCACCUCCACAACGACUUGACUUCGAUGUCAAUCAACUCGGUCCCCAACCAGUACGAGCUCAUGAACAAUUUCGGUAACUCCAACAACAUGUCGCUGGCCCUCAGUGCUGGCGUCAAUACCAAUCCCUCCGACUUGAACAGCAACCAGGACCUCCAGUACUACCAGUCGGUUCCAAAGCCCCAGGAAUUGGACGAGUUUGUCCAGGGCCACGUUAUGAACCAAUCGGUCCAUAACUCACAAUUCCAGCCACUGUCUGGGGUGAGUGAUGGCGAGCUUUUCAGAUUGGAAGAAGAACUAGGGUUUGGAUUGGACGGUAAUUCCAUGUUCAACAAUCAUUAUUAG